CAGCUGUUGAGAAACGAAGCGAAAAGCAGCAAAGCGAGAAAAAACAAACUGCAGCUGGAAAAAAGUUAAGCUGACAUAAAGUUAUAUUAACUAGUAUAUAAAAUAUAUACUAUAAAUCUUAGCAAAUAAAUACGACUGGGCAUGUUUUGCUGCCUGCGCACGUGCCUCAAUGGAGGGCAGCUCCGAAAACCGACAGCAGCCGCGCAUCGAUUAAGGGAGCCCGAAGUGCACCUCGACGCGGCGCAUAUGGGCCCUGAUGUUAUACUGCUCUCGCACCAGCUGAGAGUCACCGGCACGGGCGGAGUGCUGGCGACAGCGCCCUUGGUCCAGUCCAAAUCCUACUUCGAGGUGAAGAUCCAGCAGAGCGGCUGCUGGUCCGUUGGUCUGGCCACGCGCCAAGCGGACUUGUCCCGCAAGUGGGGCGGCGGAGACCGCGAGUCGUGGUGCCUGUGCUCCGACAAUGCCACGCGCCACAACGACGAGGAGUUCCGUCCGGUGGUGGCCACUGGCGCACAGCCCACAUCCGCCACAAAGCCAGUCACAACCACUGCCAAUGGCAUAUUGAACAACAGUGCAGCAGCCGCAGCUGGCCUGAUUGCCAUUGAGGAUCUGCAGGAGGAUCUGCUGAUGACCACCGGAUCGGAGCAGAAGUCGCCCGCAGACUUGAGCCCCGUGGACACUCUGAUCAGCGCACCACAGCGCGACUUUCCCGAUGAGGGCGACAUACUGGGCGUGGCCUUCGACCAUGUCGAGCUCAACUUCUACUUCAAUGGCAAGAACCUGGAGGUGCCCUUCAUCAAUGUGCGCGGCCCGGCUCUCUUUCCCGUCAUCUAUGUGGGCAACGGCGCAAUUCUGGACAUUAUUCUGGAUAAUUUCACCCACGGACCUCCACCGGGAUUCGAGCGCAUCUUAUUGGAACAGUCGCUGCUUUAGGGAAUUACUCUUGAUUCCCGCUUGCCAUAGAACAAAAUUGCAGCCUUGAGCUGGGACACAGAAUUUUUGUCUAUUGCCUGCUUCCUGAUCUGUCCCAGACUCAAAUGUACAAAAUUGUAUUAUUUCUAGUCUCGCAACCGCAAGUGUCGAUGCCCUGAAAUAGCUUUCGGUUCCCAUAGCUCACAGCUAGCUCAGUCAUCGCUUUAUCUCACUGUUAACUAACUAGGCUAAUCUCUACUUUAAUAGCACUUUCAGAAUUGUUAGUAUCAAAUGAUGCUCUCAAUAGUUUUUAGAUAUUGAUCCAUUCCUGUAUUUAGAAAUAUAUUUAGACUUUAUAAAAUACGAGGAUAGUCUGACCGAAGGGAAGGUUGAUAAAAUAUUGUCUCAUUCGCAAAUCUAAUUUAAAUCUUUAAUGCUAUAUACAGAAUGCAUGGAGCAGAAUUCCAAUUCCAGAAUAUAUGGAACAUAAUUCCAACUGUAUUAGUGAAGUAUUUUCAUUAUUGUCCUAAGUACAAAUCUAAAUGCAAUUUUACCAUUCCUAUUUCUAAAACUAAUUCGAUUAAUUUAAACCAAAUCAAUAUCCAUUUUACACUUCUUGAAAUUAUUUAUAUUUAUGUUAAAAUUUUAGCCAAAUCAAAUUCUGAGAAGCUUUGAACCAAAAACUCAAUUAACAUUUGCUUGAAAGAAUAGGAAAACAAAGAUAUUUUCGACAGAAAUUUCGAGCUAUACUUAUUUAGUUAGUCAAAGAGCUGGAUCGAAUACGAAAGUUAUUGCAGCUUGUCACAUUUGUGGCUACAAUAAAUUUUGAGUAUAUUUUUAUUUGUGCGGUAUUUUUUGUAAAUCAUUGAAAACGUAGCUAGAAACUCCCAACUGCUUUGUAUAAUACACACAUUAAGACAACACUAAAUACACAUGCACAGACGCAAAUAUUUAUAUGUAUGUACUUAUAUGUAUUCCAUAAAAAUAUUUAAAAAUUACAACAGUUUCCUUCGCGUACAUUCCAAAGUAACGUUAUAGCUGAUAUGCACUCGAGCACGGAAAUUCACUAACUAUAUACACUAAACAUACUCUGUAAUUAAGGAAAUGUACUUAACGCUUCGAAAACUGACUAAUCCGCGCGCGGACAAUAAUGAAUGUAAUGUAAACUUGUAAUGUGCGUACUUAAUUAAAAGAAAUAUAUAUAUAUAUACAAUGUC